UGUUUUUAAAAUUUUGAGAGUGAAAAUGGAGGUCGAGAGAGAAGAAGAAGAUGUGAGAGUGGGAGCGAACAGGUUCGAAGAGAGGCAGGCGAUGGGGACGGCAGCUCGGAAGGACUACCGAGAGCCAGCCCCGGCGCCACUGUUCGAGGGCGGAGAGUUAAGGUCAUGGUCAUUCUACAGGGCUGGGAUUGCAGAGUUUGUAGGGAGUUUGUUGUUUCUUUAUGUGAGUGUAUUGACAAUAAUGGGUGUGGCCAGAGCUCCAAAUAAGUGCUCUACUGUUGGAGCCCAAGGCAUUGCUUGGGCCUUUGGUGGAAUCAUCUUUGUUCUUGUCUAUUGCACUGCUGGUAUUUCAGGUGGUCAUAUAAACCCAGCAGUCACAUUCGGGCUACUACUGGGAAGGAAGCUAUCGCUUACAAGGGCAGUGUUUUACAUUAUAAUGCAGUGCCUUGGCGCCAUCUGCGGCGCCGCCGUCGUCAAAUCCUUCGAAAACGGCCCUUUCGAAAGGCUCGGUGGCGGCGCCAACACCGUUAAUGGAGGCUAUUCUACAACAGCUGCCCUUGGAUCUGAGAUCGUCGGUACAUUUCUGCUUGUUUACACCGUCUUUUCAGCCACCGAUGCCAAGCGAAAUGCCCGAGAUUCCCACGUUCCUAUGUUGGCUCCUCUUCCGAUUGGGUUUGCAGUGUUUUUGGUGCAUUUAGCCACCAUUCCGAUCACCGGAACUGGCAUUAAUCCGGCGAGAAGCCUCGGUGCCGCCCUUAUUUACAACCGCCACCAAGGCUGGCAUGACCACUGGGUGUUCUGGGCAGGGCCGUUGAUCGGGGCUGCACUUGCGGCUCUUUACCAUCAGACGGUGAUCAGAGCCAUCCCAUUCAAGUCCAAAUGAUAUCAUCUCAAUCCUAUGAUUAUGGACGCUUUUAUUUAUAAACUAUGCUUCCAAUUUCAAAUUAUGCGACU